AUGAGAAAGGGAAAGAAAACUACGUAUCUGCGUACAAAGUACGCGUAUGCGUAUGGGAUACACCCGUAUAUACGGUGUUCAUAUCCCGCGUAUACGAUCUCUCUCCCCUCACGCUUUGCACGAGCAGAUCCAAUCGCAAGUUCCAAAGCUUACUACUGCCCAGCGAUCCACCGAAACCCAAGCCCACGCUGCCACCAUGUCCGCCGCCGUCGCCACCCCCGUCCUGCGCGAGGAUGACCGGGGGAUCCCCCGAUCCCUUCCCCUCCUCGCGGCGCUCGUGGAGGCGGAGGCCCGCCGCUACGCCGCCACCGCCGCAUCCCGACCCGCCGAGAUUGGCCUCGUCCGCGCCUUCCGCGGCGGCGCCACCCCCAAGGUCCCAAUCCGCGCCUUCCUGGAGCGGAUCCACCUGCUGACCCGGUCGAUGCUGUCCACCCGGGGCAUCGUCCGGAUCGACGGCACCUGCUUCGUGCUCGCCGGCAUCUACCUGACUCGCUUCGUCCGCAGCCCCGCCGGCCGGGAGGCAGGGAUCCUGGUGGAGCCAGCCACCGCGCACCGCCUGGUGGCCGCCGCGGUCUUCCUCGGCGCCAAGUUCGGCGGCCACCCGCCCAGGAGGUGGACCGCGGUGUUCGAGGCCAGCUCGGAAGGUGCGAUCCGCGCCGGCGAGCUGCCGGGGCUCGAGGACCGCUUCUUGCGCGCCAUGGGCUUCCGCCUCUUCGUCGACAGCGAUGGGUUCGACGGGUUCUGCAAGGUCCUAGAGCAGGGGCCUCGGGCGCCAGCGCCAAGCGGCGGCGGUGGCUGCGCCUGCAAGAAGAGGCAGGCGGACGCCGCGGCCGGAGAGGAGGACGAGCGCCGCCGCGUCCGCGCUCGCCUGCCGUCUCCGGCUGUCGUGUCCAAUUAGGAUUUGAAUUUCGAGUUUGGCAUUCAUUUCAUUUAACAAUUCUUCUGGUUUUAGCUGCUUUUGAUUGUUCGUGUGUCUAGUUUGCUGCAGGUGUGCAAGGCUGCGAGUAGAAGAUGUCCGGGGUGGAGAAGGCGUCGUCCAGCGUCAGUCUUUGGAGCCUGCCUGGAGGAGAGCCAAACUAAUAGUUUUAGUUUUAGCCAUGGUUGUUUGAGCCACAGUUGGCUCGGUGAAAGAGUUUUCAUUGUUCGGUCUAUUUGGCUGCAGGUGGGCAAUGCUGCGAGUAGAAGAUGUCCGAGUUGGAGAAGGCGUCUUUCAGCGUCCGAUCAGGGUUCAGCUGCUCGUCGCCAAAGUUGCCAGAGCCUGGACGGGGGAGUCGAGCAAAUCUUUGUUUUAGCCAAGGGCUGUUUGAUCCACUGUUGGCUCAGUGAAAGACUUUAUUAUCAGGGGUCCAUUUAGAUCCCCUUCAAAUUCUAACUUUUUACACUCUCUUUCCAUCA